UAGUGGGGUCCGGAGAUGGGCACUCCCUGCGUGUGUGCAGGGGUGGUGCUCAGGGCUGCAGGCAGGGGAGAUAAGAGGAGCUGCCGGUGGAGGGGGAGGCAGGCAGGAAAGCAGCAGCGAGAAACGGACACCCUUGGGUGGCCAGCGGCUGUGUCAGAUGCACCAGGGAAGCCAACUGCAUCCGGUGUUCAAGGCCUUCCUCUGUGGCUCCAUCAGCGGGACCUGCUCCACCCUGCUCUUCCAACCUCUGGAUCUCCUGAAAACGCGCCUGCAGACACUCCAGCCCUCCGACCAUGGGUCCAGACGUGUUGGGAUGCUGGCUGUGUUCCUGAAGGUGGUUCGCACGGAGAGCCUUCUGGGCCUUUGGAAAGGGAUGUCCCCUUCCAUCGUGAGAUGUGUCCCCGGCAUGGGAAUCUACUUUGGUACUUUCUACUCCCUGAAGCAGUAUUUCUUGCGGGGCCAUCCCCCUACUGCCCUGGAGUCGGUCAUCCUUGGCGUGGGCUCUCGCUCCAUUGCGGGGGUCUGCAUGUCCCCCAUCACCGUGAUCAAGACACGCUACGAGAGCGGGAGGUACGGCUACGAGAGCAUCUACGCCGCCCUGAGGAGCAUCUACCGCAGCGAGGGGCACCGAGGCCUCUUCAGCGGCCUGACAGCGACGCUCCUGCGGGACGCGCCCUUUUCAGGAAUCUACCUGAUGUUUUACAACCAGACCAAAGGCGUAGUGCCCCACGACCAGUUGGAUGCAGCCCUUGCUCCUGCUGUAAACUUUGGCUGUGGGGUGAUUGCUGGUAUUCUGGCCUCUCUGGUGACUCAACCUGCAGAUGUUAUCAAAACUCACAUGCAGCUCUCCCCGGCGAAGUUCCAGUGGAUUGGCCAAGCAGUGACCCUCAUUUUCAGAAUUUGAUACAAAGUUUAGAAACCAAGACUCAAAAACGAGCUGGCACAGAGACCCUCGCGCUCAUGCAGGGGCGAGGACACGUGAUACAAUGAGGAGAAAGAGUCACUUGCUCUGACACCAAAGCUGCCUUUGGGACCCUGAAUCCCGAGCAGGUGGCGCGGAGGCCUACCCCGGGGCCCCAGAACGGCCCCUCUCCGGCCGGGAGCUUUGGAAACCUCGCCCACUGCGUUUCUUUUCCUAAUGAUCUUUCUCGGCUGCUUCAGACUUCAGAGGUGGGGCUCUGUGGGAGGAAAACAGCCAUCUGGUGACUGAAGAUAAGGCACCCAGCGCACGAGCCCAGAAAGGUCUCCAGCUGCCGUUGCACUUGAUCUCUGAAAAUACGCCCUCAGGAGACACUUCAAGCAGUCACAACUGCAGAGCUGAGGCAUUAUGGGCCCUGCAUCCCCCUCACUCAGAUGGGACAACUGUUAGGAUGUCAACCACACUUGGGGCCAGCGUUGUGGCGUAGCAGGUAAAGCCCCUGCCUGUGACGCCAGCAUCCUUUAUGGGCACUGGUUGGAGUGCCGGCUGUUCACUUCGUUCCAGUUCCCUGCUAAUGACCUGGGAAAAGCACUAGAAGAUGGCCCAAGUGUUUGGGCUGCUGCCAUCCAAAGAUUUUGUCACAUUUGCUCAAGAUUUAUUUAUUUAUUUGAAAGUCAGAGUUAAACAGAGAGAGAGGAGAAGCCGGGGGCGGGGGUCUUCCUUCUGCUGGUUCACUCCUCAAUUGGCUGCAACAGCCGGAGCUGAGCCGAUCCAGAGCCAGGAGCUUCUUCCAGGUCUCCCACACAGGUGCAGGGGCCCCAGUACUUGGGCCAUCCUCCACUGCAUUCCCAGGCCAUAGCAGAGAGCUGGAUCGGAAGUGGAGCAGCUGGGACUUGAACUGGCAUCCAUAUGGGAUGCCGACACUUCGGGCAGCGGCAUUACCCGCUACGCCACAGUGCCGGCCCCCACCCUUAUACACUUUAAGGUACAUCUCUCAAAAUUACAGACAUUUGUUUACAGGAGUGCAGUGUCAUUACCCCACCUGGAGAAAUUUGACAGUUUCUGGGUAUAUUAUCCACAUUCACAUUUCCCUAAUGGUCUCAGACUUAAAAAAAAAAAAAUGUUUAUUUGAAAAGCAGAGUUAGAGGGAGAGACAGUUUCAUCUGCUGGUUCACUCCCCAAAUGGCCGCAACAAACAGGCCGGGCCAGGCCAGAGCCAGGAGCUUCAUCUGAGUUUCCAGGUAGCAGGGGCCCAAAAACUUGGGCCAGCAUCCCAUAUGGGUGUCAGUUCGAGUCCUGGCUGCUCCACUUCCCAUUUAGCUCCCUGCUACUGAGCCCGGGAAGGCAGCGGAGGAUGGCCGAGCGCUUGGACCCUAUACCCAUGUGGGAGCCCAGUAGGAAGCUUUUCUUUUUGGCCUAGCCCAGUCCUGGCUAUUGCAGCCAUCUGGAGAGUGACCCAGCGGAUGGAACAUCUCUCUUUGUUUCCAUAAUUCUGACUUGUAAAAAAUAAAGGAAAUCUUAAAGAAAAAAAGGUGUAGCCGGGAUUUGAACUGGUGCUGGCACUGCAGGCAGAGGCUUAACCUUCACUGUAGCGCUGGUCCCUGUGGUGGUCUUCGUGCAGGCCUGUCCCCUGGGUUUCCAGUGAACUGUGUGAUGGACCCUUUGCCAUCCUAGGCAGUGGAGGAAAUGUGGACCAUGUCCUGGUUUUUAAAUUCCCACUCAGGCUUCAUGUCCAGAGCAAGUCACCUGGCCAUGCCUGUGGUCUGUCUGUCUGGGAAAUGGGAAAGGUGAUCCCUUCCCACUCGGCCUACCCAGGCCCUGCCUCUGCCAGGACCAGAGCACAAGAAAAAAAGUUUAUGAAUGAUGCUAACUCUGUUGUUAGAAUAUCUAGUAGAGCAGGCCACUUAAAUUUCAGUCCUUUUUUAGAGUUCCUGGUGUGUAUAUAUUUUUUAUUUUGGUCUGUGUUUUAAAGUAAGGAUUUAUAAUCAACUUGUCAAGCCCCAGUAGGUAUUUUGAUUAGAAUCCCUUUAAAUUUAUAAAUCAGGAGCUGGCACUGUGGUGCAGAGGGCUAAGCCACUGCUCGUGACACCUGCAACCCAUGUUGGAGUGCUGGUUCGAGUCCUGGCUACUCUGGUUCUGAUCCAGCUUCCUGGUAAUACGCCUGGGAAGACAGUGGAUGAUGGCCCAGGUAACUGGGACCCUGCCACCCAUGUGGGAGACCUAGAUGGUUGGAAUUCUUGGCUCCUGGUUUUGGCCUGGCCUUUUACAGCCAUCUGUGGAAUGAAACAGCAGAUGGAAGGUCUCUUUCUCUCUCCCUUUCAAACAAGGGAAAAUAUUUGGAAGAGAUACUAAGCAAUAAAAAGGAAUGGGCUCCUGAUGUACACUACAAUGUAGAUGAAUCUCAAAAUAAUUAGCCUGAUGGAAAAAAGCCAAAGACUAAAACUAUGUGUGAUUCCAUGUAUCUAAAACUCUACACAGUGCAAACUAACCAGUAGUGAAAGAGCCAGUUCGUGGGGCCGGGGCUGGGGCUGGGGCUUGGGGAGGAGGUAGAGGAGGGUUAUUAACUAACAGGAGGCCACCAGAAGUGGUUGCGUCAUUCUCUUGAUUGUGGGCUCAUUUGUGAAGGUACUGAUUUGUUAAAACUCCUCAAAUUGGGACCUAACAUUUGUGUAGCUCAUUGUCCAUUAUAAAUUAAGAAAGCUAUAGAAAUAAAAAAGUCUAGGUAUAAGACAAGCAGGACCACUGUCAUGGUUAUUUAACAUGUCCUGGAUGGUCCCAGCUAAUACAGGAGUGUUCAAGAUGCCAAGAUGAGGUCUCUGCCUCUCUCUUGCCUUCCUCCCCUACACUGUUGUCUGCAGCCAGGCUGCUGUGCCAUCCUCAAGUCUCAGCUGGGUGUCCAUCUCCCUGCCCUUCCACCUGUCCCCUAGCCUGCUUGCUGCUUCAGCACCUUUGUGCUGCUGCUUUCUCUGUCUGGAGCGCUCUUUUCCACCCCAAGGUUUUAAUUCUUCCAAGUUUGGUUCAGGCAUCUCUUGCACGAGAAAACCUGCAAUCCUCACGCUAGUCACUCUCCCUGAGCUCGGAAACCCUUUGCUUUUCUCUUCACCAUUCAGCACCUUUCUCUGCUCUUCAGCAGUAGGCUCCAUCAGGCAGGGGCCACCUGUCUUGUUCACCACUGCCAGCCCCGCCUCUACCCAUGCUGCAAGACCAGAGAAGCCGUGCAAUGAACAUUUAGUGACUGACGACUGAGUUUUAAUUCUCUCAGACCUUGCCUCAUGGCCGCUGUGCGUGGCUAGGCACCUGCUAGCCAUCCCAUUCCCGCCUGCUUGGAUGCCCUGUGCCCACGUUUGCCCACAGGUUGGAGGGUAACCCGUCCUCUGAACCAUGUGUUCAUUCUUCGGGAUGCAGCUUAGAUCCUCGUCCCGCCAUUUUAAGACCUGUGUUUUUUGUUUUUAAGAUUUACUUAUUUGAGAGGCAGAGUUAGAGAUGAAAGCAGAGAGAGAGAGCUCUUCCAUUCACUAGUUUACUCCCCAGAUGG